AUGACACUUAAAAUAUUCCACCUUAGAACUUUCACAGUUAUCGAUGUGAACGAUAAUGAGAGGUUGGCAAGACAGGAGGUGAUCGUAACCCUGGAGAUUGAUUCCUUUCAUGAGGAAUUUGAAGAAGACUUCUGUGCGGUAGAACAACUCACUGUAAUGACGAUUGAAGAGUCAUCUUUCCAGACUCUUGAAGCUCUUACGGACCAAAUCGGUCGUAGAGUGGCGGAAUAUUUUUUAUAUCCGCUGAUUCAGAAGACACCAGAACUACGAGACUUAGAUUGUGGUUGGCCAACAAUCAAGAUCCAACUGUCAAAGCCCACAGCUGUAGUAUUUGCAGAAGCUCCAACAGUAGAGACGUUGAUUGACUCGAAACAGUAUGUUAGGGACUCUAAAAUUUCAGUCCAAAGUGCGCACCAUAAGCCGCCCUUCCCCAUAUCAGGGAGGCUAGAAGACUGGAUUAAAAAGAUAAAGAAAGGAGCGGAAAAUUAA